ACGGACAUCACAACUACCGGUUUGCGCAAUGAAGCUGGUAGCAUUCAUCCGACUCUACGCGCAACGGUAAGUUGGUAAGUAUCACAUCUCGGUUUUGGGUAUGUGACGCGCUCCUCCUCUCCUUGAAAGAGAAGGAUCUCCACAUCUACCCUCGGAAAUAUUUGUCAAUUACACGGCUGGGAUCCCAAUUCAUGACUUUCUUGUCCAAUUUCAGCAAGCGAGGCGUCUCGGAAGCAUUUGCAACACGGCGUUUAAGAAUUCAGAACUGGCCUUUCGAGCGUCCAAUGGACAACGCAAGUUUGAUGAUUUACGAUACCCAUUGGGAUUCAAGGAAUGAACCCACUCAGUCUUAUAUCCUUCGAGGGAGUUAUGUUUGGUUUGGAAAUAUGGCGCGCAUUGCGCUUGGGUUGAUUUUAUAAUGGAGCACGGGAGUCGGCUAUGUCUUGAAUACAAUGAAAUAAGAUUGGAAUAUUCCAA